GACAGUGUCAAUUUUCAUAAGAUUUUCAUGAAUUUGUAAUAUCAACCAUGAUGGAUGCAAAUGAUCAUGUUGAACACAACUCCGGGAAAGGGAUUUGCUCUUAAAAACAUAAAUAAUCACACGACUUCAUGUUAUUGUUAGAAAUCAAAAACAAGUUGUAGUCUUAACUUUUACAUAAUGAUAAUAUGCAAGAGAAAGUUAUUAACAUCGUCACUAAUUAAAUUGCUAUUCAGGUCAAGAUAUAGUUCCUUAAAAGAAUUGAACAAUUAUUGUGUUUUCAUUACAAAUUCUACUACCGGUUCCCACACUCAUUGCAAUUAUCAAAGUACAAGAUCGCUCAGCAGUAAUUAUAAUUAUCGAGCAGUUUUCCUGGGCAGUGAUGCUUUCUCCAUUCCUUCUUUGGUCAUGACCACAAAUCUUCUUGGGUCGACAAACGUAUCCGUUGUGGUUUCCAAUUUUGGAAAUGAGGUUGCCAAAUUCGCCAAGAAAAACGAACUCGAAACCUUUCACUGGGAAGAUUUUAAAACUAAAGAUUUUUGGAACCAUAAUAAUCGAAGUGAAGAAUUUGGGGUUGUGGCGUCAUUUGGGCAUUUGAUUCCUCUCCAAGUGAUUGAGCGAUUUCCAUUAGGAAUUCUGAACGUCCACGGGAGCCUUUUACCAAGAUGGAGAGGGGCUGCACCAAUCCCUCACGCGAUAAUUUAUGGAGAUAAGACCACUGGAAUUAGUAUAAUGCAGAUUGCUCCACACAAAUUUGACAUAGGACCCAUAUUAUACCAGCAAGAAAUUCCCAUCCAUCCUCAUAUUAGAAGGCCGGAACUGAUCUCUAUUUUAGCCGAUGUGGGGGCUGAAGCUUUAGGCCAUGUAAUUUCAGACAUUGACCAUUUCAGUUCUCAUCCCAUCCCCCAAAAUGAAGAAGAAGCGAAAUUAUCCCCAAAAUUGACCCCAGUUAUGGCCGAGGUUGACUGGAGCACUAAGACUGCAGACGAGGUUUACAAUUUGUUUCGAGGAUUAUAUGGAGUAUUUAAGUUAAAGACAUAUUUAAUGGAGAAACCAAUUGACCUGGAUGAAAUUGGUCUCGUAGUUAUGAAUUCUCACCGUGAUAGCAAAGGGAUUGGUGAUUCUGCCUCAGAAAAAUGUGAACAAAACAAUACUAGUUUAAACAAAAGUACCAAUUUUGAAAGAUUUUACUCGAAUAGCCCAUUUUAUAAUUUGGAUAACAUUAAUGUACUUGCUUCUAGUGUACCUGGUCAAAUUAUAUAUUAUAAAGACAUUAUCUUAGUUAAAUGCAUGGAUGUUUCUAAAAGCCUUAAGUGUAUGCCAUACGUAUCUGUUAGAAAAUUUAAAGUAGGAAAGAAGUGGAUGUCAGCUAAAGAUUUUCAAAAUGGAUUUUUAUCAAAGUGUAAGCCAGACCAGAGAAUUUUUAGCUUUCAACAACAAACAACUAGUGUGCAACCAGAAAAUACUAUUAAAAAGCAGCAGCAGGAACAAAAGCUCAAAUAAAUUGUUCAAAUUCUUAACGA